AUGCAGUCACCGCCGCCAACUCCGGCCGCCGCGUUGCCACCUCCGUCCGUGUCCCCGCGCGCCACCGCAGCCAGCCGCCUCCAUCCCGACGCGCAGUGCUUCACCCCUGCCGUCCGGCGCGGCCCCCGCCGGAGCUGUCGCCUGGUCGCGCGCGAGGCCUGGCCGCCGCCUGCGCUCCGUCCAUGGCUGAGACGUACUCCCCUCCGUCCAUGGAGCUGCCUCCAAUCAGUGCCCCCAUCCAUCCUCGACAAAGUAGUUCCACAGCCCUCCAGAUCAAACCCUAACCCCUCCCCCUCUCCGCAGCCGGACGUGUCCGGUCUGGCCGGACAGACCCGCGCCGCCGCCCGCAGCCAAUCGCGCCGCGCCACGUGCCAGCGCCGCCGCCCCACCGCCACCGGCCCGCGAGGCCCGCGCCUGGCCCCCCGCGGCCCGUACGCCGCCGACCUCCCCGCACGGCUCCCCGUCGCCCGUUCCCGCCGCCUCGUCGCCUCCGCGCCCGGACGUGUCCGGUCCGGCCGGAUAGACCCGCGCCACCACCCGCAGCCAAUCGCGCCGUGCCACGUGGCAGCGCCGCCGCCCCACCGCCGCCGGCCCGCGAGGCCCGUGCCUGGCCCCCGCGGCCCGUACGCCGCCGACCUCCCCGCACGGCUCCCCGUCGCCCGUUCCCGCCGCCUCGUCUCGCCUCCGCGCGUCGGCCGCCGACCGCCGUCGCCGCCUCCGCCGACCGCCGCUGAUCCCCGCCACCCCGCCGCGCCGCCCUUGCGCCCGGUCGCCGGACCCGCGCCGCACCCGAGCCAGCGAGCUCCCGCGCCAUCUCCGGCGACGCCGUCCCCGACCGCCGGCGCCUCCUCCCUCUCCGUAUCAGUAAAAUUUCUACGAAAACUGUAG